AUGGAUGAGGGCUCCGAUAAGGCCCCUCGGCGGAAGAGGGUGUCGAGGGCCUGCGACCGGUGUCGCAGUAAAAAGCUGACCUGCGUCCCCGUUCCAAAACCCCAGGAUAAAUGCGAUGGAAUCCGUCCCACUUGCUCCGCAUGUCAAGCAUCCGGUCAGCCCUGCUCAUACGACCCCCAUGCAAAGAAGCGCGGUCUACCAGAGGGAUAUGUGCGAGGGUUAGAGAAACUAUGGGCGCUCUCAAUGUGUAAUAUCGACGGAUUCGAGGAUACCAUGCUGGCCAUGCUGGGAACCACUGCAGAGUCGGCAGGCCGUCGGGAAAAACUAAUGUCGGUGUGGUCGGAUGACAGCUCAUCAGAGAGCUUGCAUGAAACCUGGAAGACGAGCCGUCUAUAUAGCGCAUUAGAGAAAAUGCUAUCCAACUCGGAAGCACCUCUCACCACGGGCAAACGAUCGCGCAAUCCCCAUGAUGAUCAGCUGGAGGGUUCCGAUGGCCAAUGGGGAUUUCGCGUGGCUCGAGAUUCGACACCAUUGGGCCCUGAAGCGCCGCGGAUCGUCGGACCAGCAAUUGGCUCGCCAAAUGCGAAACGAGCCCGGAUGUCACAAACAUCAAACGGUCGGGACGUGUCGCAGUCCGGGACUGGUUCUCAUGCUCUACAGUUACCCCCGCAGACAUCCCAACUACUCGAUAUCUACUUCGCCACAACUCACUCGUGGUUCCCCAUAGUCGCAAAACACAACAUCCUUCGCGCGUCCUACCUCUAUGCCAAUGCUCCCUUCUCCGUUGCGACCACCUCCCCAGGGUCUGGGGAUCAUGCUGCCUUGUGGGCAAUCCUCAGCUAUACCAUCACCCAAUCUUCAGCCACGACCCGCGUGAAUCCCACUGGAAAUGUGUCUCUAGCAAAAGAGUACUACACCGUUUCUCGAAACCUCAUCCCUUUGGAAAAAGAACGCUACGAACUUGGCCAUAUUCAGGCAUUGCUCUUACUGAGCUUGGUAAACAUUGGUCUUGAAGAUUGGACAGCUGCAUGGCUGCUGAGCGGCCAAGCAGUGCGCAUGGCCAUUGCAAUGGGCUUGGGUGCCUUUGCUGACACGCGCCGCUCCGAUGAACUGCGACAGGGUAAAGCAGUUUUCUUAGGCUGCUUUGUGAUCGACUCUUUGCUGUCCUUCCGACUUUCUCGUUGUCCUGCCAUGUCUUCGAACGAUCUGGCAAAUGUUGGCUUGCUGGAAGAAGAUGGACUGGAGGAGUGGAACUCAUGGGUGGAUGUGCUUCCCCCAACGGGAGUUCCACACGGUAAGAAUCCUCCGCGAAGAGGACCACUAUUGUCUCUCAGCUGCUUUAAUCGCUUAGUCGAAUUAGCGAGUGUACUCAACAAGACCUCCCGAAAUUUGUCCAUGGGAUACAAGGCGCCCAACUUUGCCCAGCAGUUGGUCAUGGACCUGAAGCAGUGGGAUGAUGGCUUGCCGCUAGGAUGUCGACUGAUCGGGCCGGAGAGUAUUUACCCUGAGCGGCAUUCGGCUCUCCUACCACACCAGACCUAUCUGGGAUUGACCUAUGUCGCUACCCUGCUGUGGCUGUACCUACGCCUCAUUCCUGGAGAGCAGGGCCUGCAUCGAUCACAGCGUCCUGCAACAGAAGGUGCAAAGAAACUCCUCUACCGAGGACUCUCGAUGAUCUCCCAGCAUCUGGAAAACUUCCCCAUGUGCGGGCUCCCACCUAUUUUCGAGUUUGGGCUACGCACGAUCUCCGAGCAAGCGCUUUCGUUGCGACAAACCGUGGACUCGUCGGAUACUUUCCCCUUCACUCGCUGGGCUGAAGAGUUCCGUCAGAAAACGACCGUCUUGAUCUCAAGUUGGCCGGUAUAUGGGUCAUUGGUAUCUUCGAUGGAGCGCUUGCAGAAGCCCAACAACCUCCCUGUAGCACCGCAGUCAUACCCUGGGAACGCCGCUUCUUUGGCCACCUCCAUGCACGGAGUCAUGCAGCCUCCAGUUGUUGCCCACGGCAUACCCCCGCCUGAUCAGGGCAGCUAUGCAUCAUCUAUCCUGGGCAUCAGCAUCCCCGCUGAUGGUCAAUCUUUGACACCCAAGGAUACGGUCAUGGAGAAUACCGAGAUGGCCAUGAUGGAUCCAUCCGUGCAGCAGCCGAUCCGCCCCGUAGACAAGGUGACGCCGUGCAGUGGACCAGACCAGCUGUUUGCACCUGCACAACCUCAUACCCCCGACUCCUCUAUCUCCAAUCCUAUGAUGGCCAGUAACGCGCCUACCAGUGAGCACUCGGUCUCGACCAACGACCACAUGCAUUUCAAUCCCGCUGGCCCGGGUGAUCUGGACGCAAUUUUCAAGGAUUUGGCAUACCUGGACACGACCGAGUGGUCCAACAACCGCGAGGCUGGCCUCAAGGACUUUGGGUUCUUGGAUGAUAGUACUUUCCAAGCCUUCUGUCAUGAUCCCGACCGUCUCGUGGGAUCGCAGCCGUUGGUGCAUCCGCCUUCGAUUGCGGAUAUUUGGCCACCUCCUGGAUUCUUCCCGGAAACUUUCCAAGAGGUCCCCGAGAAAGCGAUGAACGGAUGA